UGCUAUUGGUGAUUCAGGCGACUUGCCAUUGCGAGAUCUGAGCGAUCGAGGAAUUUGAAAGUUAGUUCGGACGACCAAGCUCCAAAGUCGAUACAAGCUUCCUCUCCUCGGAACGCCUUAGCCUCUCAUCGGUAGUACCUCGUGGCAAUAAUUGAUUCUCGUAGCUUGAAAUCUGCCAAGCCAUCAUGGGCGAUCGCAUGCCUCAGGACAAUCAUCAGACCGGUGGAGGAGUGAGUGGUAAUGAACCUACUGUCACUGAUCAAACACCGGUGGACAACAGCUAUUUUUCGUUCCCCGGUGGUCGACAAAGCAGCAGCAGCAGGCGCUCAGAAAGACACACCAGCUGCAGGCCUAAUGACCCGUUCCCGUCGUUGACACGCGGCCAGCGCCAGAGCACCACAUCCACCGCAAGCGUUAGCAAGCGAAAGCCGCAGCCCAUUCCUCGAUCAGCAAAGUCCUCUGUUUUCCCAAGCGUUGCCCAGUCUCGAUUCUUCACGAAUCCGGAGCCAGGAAUUAUUUAUGCCGAAGCGGACCAGGAGCAGGAGAUCUACGAGGAGCCGAUUUCUCAACCGAAAGGCGGCUAUGGGUCGACAGCACCGAGUAGUUCGACAUGCAAUGUGACAGGGACUGCUAAUGGCAGUAAUGGCUCGAAGAGUAUCAAUAGCACGACGCCAUGCCACCAGAAACAGCAGGCCGGCAGCGGCGCCGACGAGGCGGAGGAUGGCGAAGAAGAAGACUACGGCUUCUGUGCUGCUUCCGGCAGCAAUCCGCAGUGGGAGCUGGUGUACAAAGAAGCGGACGGCGAAGCUCCGCGUACGAGCAAGGCAAAGUUCGGUAUACAGGACUCAAGUACAACACAGCUUCUGACGAAGCAGCAGGCGUCCAAGGUGCACGGCUGCUAUUUCUACGGUACCUCGCUGACCUAUACGGCACUCAUGCUGGUGCGCUGUGCCCUGUUUGUGGCGCUGGUGGUGGUGGGCUUCACGUGUGUGUACAAGCUGGGAGAAGACAGCUCCGAGUGCGUCUAUGUGCUGUUUGUUGCCAGUCCUGUAGGGAGUCCUAGCAGAGCUCGGCCAGCGCGCCGCAUAACACCAAACAAGCCGCAGGUCACAUCUGUCACGACGCGACCGAACACCUUGGCCACGGCCGUUCCCUCGGUUCCUACAGUUUCCAAUGUUGGAGACAUAUCCACAUUGAGACCACCAUCCCCAUCAGGACAAUCAAAGCAUUCACAAACAUUGCCAAGCCAAACACCGACACAUGUCACAGUGGCUGUAGAGACGGAAAGAGCGAAUUAUAAUCGAACACGCAACGCAGAGCAGCACCGGCCGACAUUCUCCAGCAUUCAUGCAAUGUGGAUAGGCACCAGUGUGCUCAACUCAGUACUGCUCUGUGUCUUCUUGGGCCGAAAUGCGCAGCAGAUCCAGAUACCAGCGUGCCGAAUGCUCUUCAGUCGACUCAAGGCCAGUAAGUACUUCUGGACUCAGUUGGUAUUGCUUGGCGUGUCGCUGGUCUACGAUGGCCGCUUCCUGCGCGACGCGUACCGCAACAAGGUAUCAAACGACGUUUCCCCGGAGUUGGAGAAGGUGCAUGCGUGGGUCCUUGCCGGCCGUGCGUUCAGCAUUCUGGACAAGACGCUGGCGUUUGUUGUCGUCUGCGGCUUCAACUACGCCAAACCGUUCACCAUCCCGCGCACACGCUUCUACUUGAAGUGGAUGAAGGCGAUGUACACGCUGACUCUGCUCAUCUAUGUUCUUGAUCAAGGCUUCUCCGUGAUCUUCGACGGUAUGAAGGUAUCCAUGCAAGCAGUGACAAGAGGCUACGGCAGCCAGAACAUUACAUCGGGCACAAAUUUCCGCAACGAUGACAGCGACAGAGCAAUCAUGUUUUUGCUCAUCCUGUUCAGCAUCGCCUAUCGGACACGCCUCCUAGAGUUCUUCACCGACAAAAUCUUCUACCGCAACAAGGAUGUGUUUGACAUACCACGUAAUACUGCCUGAAUGUCGUCAAUCUCUCCACUGCACUGCCUUUAGUAGGCUUUACCGUUUGUGUGUUUCUGACAUCAGGCUAUUCAUGCUUUAAGUGCAGCAUGCGUGCGGUCACACACGCCGUGUUUUUGGAAUAUAGUCAACGUUAGCAUCAAUAGUGGAUUCUUAUGCCUCCACUGAGACCACUGCAUUCACUCAGAGCCAGGGUCGGCACAAUGCGUAGACAGCUGUCAUCACCAACCUCUCCGGCUGGCAUCUCUCCUCCGCUCCAACAUGCAUAUAUUCCCAAGUUUGCUCCCGUUUGCCUCAAGCAUUCUUCUAGUUUCGUGUUUGACCAGCUGCGAAUACAUAAGCUACAUAAUAUUCAUGUUUUUUUACUGCUACUGGGUGAAUAUGGUGCCCAUGCAUGUGAAGAUGGGCGUUGCCCAAAAAUUCGAAUGAUGAUUUUCUAUUCUUUCA